CCUUAACCCCCGCCCCUGACUCAUGGGUCCUCAUGGAGGGCGGUGGUUCCGUGUGAAUCUCUGCCUAGACAUAUCAUGCCCUCGAAGACGCCGGCUAUAUCAUCAAGGUUCCUUGUGAUCUUCGUGCUGCAAGAGAUUUCGUCCUCAAGGUUUUAUAAGUCACCUCCCCCGUUCCCUAGCUGUCUUACAUCAACCCAUCAUGAAGAACAGAACCAACACGGCCAUGAUGAGAAUAGCUAUUGCCGGUGCAGGCGGGUUUGCCUACAUCCUCGCCCAGGAGAUCACCAAGAGUGCCAACGCCGUGCUCGUCUUGUCUCGACAAGCACACCCCGAGUUUGAAGAGGAUUUCCCUAGCUUGCAAGUUGCCGUUGUCGACUUUGGCAAUGUCGAGGAGUUACGGUAUGUCCUUCAGGGGGUGGAUCUGUUGAUCUCUACUAUUAGCGCCGCCGAGCAGCUAAAUCUCAUCGAUGCUGCUCGGCGUGCCAGGGUCCGGCUUUUCGUCCCGUCAGAGUUCGAGGGCUCCAUCUCCCACAGACCAGCUACGCAGGAUCCCCUCGACCGUGGCUCUCAAGCGGCCCUCGGCCUGCUUCAGCGCUGCUCUCAGUCGAGGCCCCAUAGCAUGCAGUACACCGUCUUCUCCUGUGGCCUCUUCAUGGAGCGAUUCGGGCCAGGUGGUCUACAGAGUUACAACCUUGGUGGCAGUACCAGUGUUCAGAACCCCAAUGACUAUAUUGUCGAUGUCGCCAACGCCACUGGGGAGAUAAUCGAGACCAACGUUCAGGGGAGGCCGGUCCGUGUCAACCUCACUUCAGUCUACGACGUGGCACGGUUUGUGGCUGCUGCAAUUGAACUCGGCCCAGCGAGUUGGCCACGAGAAUUCUGUAUGAGAGGUGACAACAUGUCCGUCCGCGACAUCAUCACAGCCUGCUCUACUGUCAGACGAGUUCCGUUCAAUUUGUCCGUACACUCAUACCAAGCUGCCGAGGCUGAGGCCGAGUACUGUCAGCAGAACGCGGAGUGGCCUCGAUGGCACUAUUUCCAGAGACUCCUUGCCACCGCCAACGGGCGCUACCACUUCACCCAAGCCAAUCUGAACGAUACUGUCAAUACAGCAGGCAGCGGCGUGGAGGUUCGGCCCCUAAAUUUCAGGCAGUGGCUUGAGCAAGUCUGGGGGCCGGCAAUGUAGAAACGCCAAUUUCGAUAUCCCGCCUGCUAUCGUUCAUUGUCAGCCGCGGGAUGACGAAGCCAGGAGGGUGCUUUUCCUUGAGAGGUUGCUACUUGGAG